AAAAUCAACAUGCGUCCGGACGGUCCCCGUGAUACCAUCGUCGGUCCCGACAGCGGCCCUGAGCCACCAUUUCCUCUCAAGUUGAACGGCGAAGUGGUCAAAGGCUUUGGACGCGGCAGUAAAGAGCUCGGCAUCCCCACAGCCAACAUCCCACUCUCAGGCCUCACAGUCGGCGGCCACGACGACAUUGAAUCCGGCGUCUACUACGGCUACUGCUCUCUCUCUUCCACUGGCCGCAUCUACCCCCAAGUAAUGUCCAUCGGCUGGAACCCAUUCUACAAAAACACCGUCCGCAGCGUCGAAGUCCACGUGCUCGAAAACUUCUCCUCUGACUUUUAUGGCUCGCAUAUGAAUCUGGUCAUUCUGGGAUUUAUUAGACCAGAAUAUGAUUAUGUGAGCAAGGAGAGUUUGAUUGAGGAUAUUGAGUUUGAUGUGCAGGUUGCGAGGAAGUGUUUGCAGAGGGAGGGGUAUGCUAAGUUCAUGGAGGAUCCUUAUCUUUUGGAGUUUGAGGGUAAGACUAGUGUUGCUAGUUGA